GCGGAUCGAGGCACCAGACCGGCCUGAAUCGGGAACCAUUUGUAGACUGCAAUCUCCAAACAAUACCGGGCCAACAUGCAGUCCGGAAUCUCAGCCUCCGAGGAGCUCCAGAAGGCCUUCAGCUCGCUGCUGGCGACGCCGUCCGACUUUGCCCUGCUGGUGACGAUCGAGCGCGAGACCCUGACGCCCGUCCAGACCAUCGCGGGCACAUCGUCCGACUUUGGACAGAACCUCUCCGUGCUCGAGCCCUUCAUCAAGCCCGACGUCGCCCUCUAUGCCAUCCUCCGCCGCUACGACGACUCGCCCAGGUUCGUUGCCGUGACAUACGUGCCCGACGCCGCCAAGGUCCGCCAGAAGAUGCUUUUCGCCGCGACGCGUCUGACGCUGACGCGGGAGCUGGGCACCGAGCACUUCCGUGAGACGCCGUUCAUGACCAUGGCCCACGAGUUGACGGAAAAGGGGUUCAAGGCCCACGAUGCCCACAACGCACUGGAGGCUCCCCUGACUGAGGAGGAGAAGACGCUGGGAGACGUCAAGAGAGCUGAGCAGGAGGCUGGAUCUGGCACUGCUAUCCGGGAAAUCCACCUCAGCAAGAGCCUGUCGAUGCCGGUUAAUGAGGAUGCUAUUGCGGCAAUGAAGGAGGUUGCUGAAGGGCAAAAGGCCGCAGCUACACUGAAAAUCAACGCAGCUACCGAGAGAGUCGAGCUGGCGACCGACUCGUUGGAUCCCAGCUCUCUCACCAGUCUCAUCAAGAGCAUCUCGCCGGUCGAGCCGCGGUUUACCUUUUAUCGGUUCACCCAUACCCACGAAGGGACUGAGCAGACGCCGGUGCUCUUCUUUUACACCUGCCCCGCCACGGCUGGGAACAAGGCAAUCAAGAGCAGGAUGCUGUACCCUCUUAUGAAGCGUGCCGUCCUCACCAUUGCCGAGCAAGAGGCCGGCAUCACCCUGGAGAAGAAGUUUGAGGUGGAAGACCCCAGCGAGCUUACCGAGGAGGAAGUCCUCAACGAUCUCCAUCCCAAGAAGGUGGUAUCAUCGGGCUUUAGCAGGCCCAAGCGCCCGGGCAGGUAGACGCCCUCACGAGUUACGACACAUACGAACGGAACGAUCUAGCCUGAAUAGAACAUUGUCCAUACUUUUUAUACAAGAUAUAUAUCUAGCUCUUUUUACUGAAAAUGCCUAGGGGACAAUUCCUUCCCCUUCCAGGACGUACAUGAUCCAACUCCGCAUUCCGGGGAUGCAACAUAAAAUCUCUAAGCGAAAC